AUGACGGAUCUAUGGCGUGUUGGUAGUGGCGGUCUCUACCUCGGAGAGAUGAAUCCUCGUGGCUGGAGCCAAGGCAUUCCUUAUCUUAACUAUCCCUUAUAUAGGGGCUUAGAGGAAAAGGGCCCUAAGGUCAAUGGUCAUCUGCCUCCUCUGUGUGCCUCUAAACCCCUGGUGGGCCUUCCUCAACGCAUUGUCAAGAGAACAAAACAAUUCGACGCCAUAAUCACAUCUCUUCAUGGCGUUCACGGCUCAGACUGGUGCAAGGCCUUCCUUGACACCCUGAUGAAUGAGAAAGAAGUGGAUGAGAGCUGGCCAGGCCGUCUCAUCUGGGCUGCAGCUCAGCGAGAUGACAUGAUCCAGUUUAUGGAACCGUGGAGGAAAGUCGGUCUUGAGUUGGCCAAGAUUCUUCCCAAAGCAAAAUAUCCGUCUCGUGAGGCUGCAGGCUACAGAGCACCAUUCAUUGAUGUGGCUUUGGGCUCUAGCCUAGGGUUCUUCUGCUUUCUUGAUCUCGACUGGGACACCCAGUUCUCAGCCGCUGUUGUCACGUCUAUUGCCUACUGGACGGAUAUGGCCAGCGGCGGGGAUGCUCCUCAGGGUGACCUCGCCAAGAUCUUUGACGUGCUCCCUUCUCUAGCCCGAGCGUGUGCGACUGGGCAAGCUGAUAACCUAUCGCCGAUGAAAGUUCUUGCUAUGGAAUACUUGUUGGUCCAAAAGGUACAGUCACAUACUGGGCCACCACCGACGCUUCGAGACAUUUGGAUGAUUGCAUUCAGCGAUAACCGCAGCCACGAUGAUACCCGUUGCAGCAUGGCAUGGGCUAUCUGUCACGAUCUAUAUGAUCUACCCCGUGACCUUUCCAGCGGAAACAUGGUCAACGCGGCGAUCUGGGCCUUAUUCUCUGGAUAUUCUGCGCGAGCAAUUGUGAAUUGGCUACGCGAGUCGCUUGUCAUCGGCACAGGAAGGAAUUCGACAUCAUGCGCAACAAAGUCGCUUCUGGCUACUGCAUUCGUUCAUGCCUGCAAUCCUCGGUGGGCUAUCAAUGGCCUUGCGUCUACUCAUUGUCAUGACUGGCCCAGGGCUCCAUUGCCAAGCACUCCUCGCAAAGACAUAUUGCAGCUCUCGGGGGCUGACAUGAGCGGUUUCGAUCACCAAGGCACAAGUCCUUGCGAAUGUCGUCCUACCGACGCAUCGAAUACUCUCGCUCGGGCUGUUCAGGAUGUACUUACGGGCUCGGUGGAACGAUUCACCUCUGCUGAGGAAAGACUGCAAGCGCAUUGUAUGGGGAUGUCUGCACUUGUGAAACAUGACUGGGACAUGCUAAUCAAGAUCUCUCGGAAAGCUUGGAGCACCUUUUUGCAGGAUCUAGAUGCUAUUGCUGAUUGGGUUGAUGGGAAAUGUGCUUAG